CUAGUCACACUUCCGAAUUUCGCACUACACGGGUGGUUGGAUCAUAUGUUGUUUUGAAGCUUCUUUAUUCAUGGUUCUCAAUGAGCGUACGUCACAUAUUGUUGUUGAUACAGCACCUUUUGUAAAACGUACACGUCUUGAGACUUUCGGUGCAAGUAUUUACACUAUACCACAAGUUUUAGCUGAAAUAAAAGAUGUUCAAACACGUGAAUAUAUGAAUUGUUUACCAUAUGCCCUGAAUUGUCAAGUACCAGAAACUAAUUCUAUUAACAUAAUUAAAGGUAUUGCAAAACAAACUGGGGAUCUGUCAGUUCUUUCUGCAACAGAUAUUAAUGUGAUCGCUUUAACUUAUGAACUGCAUAAAAGAUAUAUCGGCGAACCAAAAAUUAAGGAUGUGAAACCAUUGCCCAGUAACCUUGGGUCUUUAGCUCGUUCUCAAUUGCCAAAAUCGAACACAAAAAGCAAUCCAUCCGUUGAUGUAUGUGAUGGGGCAGAAACAUCUGGAUCUGAAAACAGUGAUACAGAAACAUCCGAACCGGAUGAUGAUGAUUGGAUAACAGAAAAUAACUUUGAUGAGAAGGCCAUGACUAAUUUCGGGCUUGGAGGGAAAAUUGCAGAUAUACUGGAACCAAUCAAUGAAGUUGAAACAAACGUUGUAGCUUGCUUGACAACUGAUUUUGCUAUGCAAAAUGUUCUUUUCCACGCAGGUCUCGACAUAGUAAGCAUAAAUGGUUUGCGUAUUCGUCAACCAAGAACACAUUUACUUUGGUGUUGUGCUUGCUUUAAGCCUACUAAACGUACGGACACCUACUUUUGCCCAUGGUGUGGACAUGCUAGUCUACGUCGAAUCCCAGUUACUUUACACGAAGAUGGCCAGUUAGAAUUUCACUUUGCGAAAAGAUUUGUGCACAGACGGCGCGGUUUAAAACAACCAGUAAGAAUCCCAAAGGGUGGAAAGUAUGCUGACGAACCAAUUUAUUGUGCAGACCAACGUAUUCCUGACCGAAGACCAGCCCGUCCUAAAAAUCCAAAAGUGCUUCCAUUAGCUACUAACGGCUUAUUAGGAUUUGAAGAUGAAGAACUAUCCAAUGUUUUGGAAUUCCAAUGUAAUUUAAGCAAUGCAUCAUCAGUGGUGUUCCCAUUAAAUGACGUUACUAGUCGAUCUGCACUCUGUGGUAUCCGAUCUGAUCAUCAAAUACCAAGCAGAAGCUAUUUACAAGGUGUACGUGCUGAGCAUGGCCUUAAACCAACAAGAGGCAAGGCUCAUAUAGUUAGACCAAGAACAGGAAACAAGAAGAAACAUAAAUCUUAAAUGUGAUUUUCUUCAUUGUAUAUUUCUAGAAUAUACAUUAUUUUAUCAAAAUAUAUAUCUCAUUUCCUUGGUUUUUCAUUAAUCACAUGCCUUGCUAGUGUAUAUCAAGUAGUUGUAGAAGAAACUAACAUUCGAACGGCAACUAAACCCAAGUCUACCAGCCGAAAAGUGCGAUAUGUUGGAACCAGAUUUAAAAAUCAAGCACAUCCUAAUUCCUUUUGUCACUACUUACAAAUCAUUUAUCAUCAAAUAAACCUUAAUGUGUUUUAA